UCUGAACUUGUUCUGUUGUAAGCGAUCCUUUCUAUCAAUUUCAAACUUCAUUCCUAUGAUUGUUUCUUUUUUUUUUUCUCAAGAAACAAUUUUUCUUGUCUUUAAUUUUUCGAAAUAGAUGAAUCAGCACAGUGGAGAAAGAGAAGAAGAUGAAGAUGCAGAAGAAAAGAAACAAUCACUAUGCAAAAUAUUCAAGAAACUAGAUUUGGAGAAAGUUGACCCUUACUUGGAAAACAAAGAGCACAAACGAAGUAUUUUCAGAUUAUCAAGAUACAUCAAAGAGAAAAAUCCAAGCUUGUAUGAGCCAAAACAAGUGUCAAUAGGUCCAAAUCAUUAUGGUAAAACUCACUUGAUGCUCAUGCAAAUCCACAAGGAAAGAGCACUAAUUCAUUUUCUUAGGAGAUCAAAAUUACCACUACAAUCUUAUCUAGACAAAUUGAUGAAAGUUGUGAAUGAGUUGAGGGAAGCUUAUGAGCAGCUUGAUCAGAUGGAGGCUUGGAAAGACGAUGCUGCCUUUGUUAUGCUCAUGAUGCUUGACGGUGUCUUCCUUCUCGAAUUUUUACGUGUCUCAAGGGGUAGUCGAUAUACUCACGAUUAUGCUAGCAGCGAUCCUAUUUUCGGUCAUAUUGCAAAUACCCUGAUCUAUGACUCUGUGAUGCAUGACUUGUUGUUGUUGGAGAACCAAUUACCUUAUUUGGUACUCCAUAUCUUGGUUUCUAUUUCUGAAGACCUGCCUGACGAGAGCGCAAAGAGUAUCCUAUCUUGGUUGAUGUUUGCUCCAAAGUGUGGCCCCGGACUGCACCUGUUGGACAUGUAUCUGAAAGGAUUAAUGAGAGAAGGCCAACAUUCCUAUUGGGAUGAUGAAAUGAUUGUAAAACACCCUGCAUCGAAGCUUCACAAGAGAGGUAUCCAGUUCAAAAGGGUUCAGAGUCUAAAUGGGAUCAAUUUUGACAAAAUCACUGCAACGCUUAAACUACCUCCUAUCAUCAUCAACCAAUACACUCCAUCUACAGUUCUAAAUUUGAAAACCUACGAACUAAGAGUGGGAAAAACCAGGGAUUUUAACUCUUACAUUCACCUAAUAAACACUCUCGUGGAAUCUAGACAGGAUGUUAUGCUGCUCCAGUCGAAAGGCAUCAUAGUUAAUUAUUUGGGUAGCCACGAGCUUGUUCUGGAAACAAUAAAGGAGAUCUGGAAGGACACUGCGGUAGACGUAAAUAGUAGAUCCAUUAUUGUAGUCAAAGAAAUGAACAAGUAUUACGAAGGGAAUAAGGCAAAAAGGUGUUGGAAAGUCUGGAGGUAAAACAUAACAGGUUAAAAGAUUGCCAAUUGGGCAGCCGAGGUUGGAGCUUUCAGCCUCCUUGCCAGGAUGCUGCUCCAGGGACCUGCCGAGCUUCUAAAGGAGAAUUAUACCGCACCUUUGAUCUGCCAAGCUUCUUAAGGAGAGUCACAGCACCUUUAAUCUACCGUGGAGAGCUGCCGAGGAGUAAGUUUGGGUCUUUUUAUGCGAGCAAAAUAUUUCAAAUGUUCAGUGUUCUGGUCAAGCCAAUAUGUCGGCUUGAAAGCCGGAGUAGUUUCAAGUUAAUUUCAAGUUUUAUUAGAAUUGAGGUUCCAAAUCAAAGUUUGUACUGUAUAUGAUCCUAGUCUGUAUAAUAACUGUAUACGCUUAAGAAGCAACACUGCAAUAUUGUGCAAGAUGGUGUUGCCACGAGUUAGGUUUUGCCAGAAUUAGUACCUAGUAUGUUGUAGCAUGAUUUGUAUUUAGUAACUUUUUUUCUUUUCUUUUUAUUUUGGUAACAAGUCAAUCGUUUGAUUCUCAGAUCUUGGUUCAAGACAAGAUUGGUGGCAUGUUUCUUUCACUUGAAUUUUUAAAUAUACUAGUUGUACCUUCCGUGUUA